GAAUAUAUGUAUUUAAUUUUUCAAGACAAGGCUUCAGUCGCUAGAGCGACAAUCAUGGCAAGACCAGCUUCUGCUGUCUGGCAGGUUGUCUCCCUUUUCGUGGCCCUGCAGUUUUCUGCCGUCGCGUACGCCUUGAGGGAUCGCGGGUGUCCGACAUUCGGAACUAAUACUUCAUAUGGACCUCCACCACUUCCACUUUCAUACGACGGUUAUAUGCCGGCGAUUGACAACGAGACUAUGUGGCUUCAUUACAACCGACAUGCUGGGGGUGCAAUUGCUAAUUUCAACGCUGUCCUGGCUCGCUAUCCAGCUUUGCAGACGAUGCCAUUAGCCGCCAUCUUAGAACAGCUUGGGCUGCCCAGGUUCGUCCAGAAGUACAAGCUGCUUGCCAACGACACCACGGCCCUGCGCAAUAACGGAGGCAGCAUGUACAACCAUGCUAUCUUCUGGCGUAUCAUGACGACAUACAACACGUCCAGCCCAUCCGUCCUGAGCUACGAUUUGGCAACCAAGGUCAAUGAAACAUGGGGCAGCCCAACCGCAAUGUUGGAUGCGCUGCGCAGCGCUGCUGGGUCCUUGUUCGGCUCGGGCUGGGCGUGGGUGAUCUACCGGCCAGACGGUACCCUCGGUAUUGCGUCCACCCCCAACCAGGACAACCCCAUUAUGAGAAGGCUCGUGUCGGCUGCCAGCGAGGGAGUGCCGCUGAUUGGUGUGGACGUUUGGGAGCAUGCUUACUACCUAAAGUACCGCAACGUACGGUCAGCGUACCUGUUGCAGUGGGUAAACCUGGUGGAUUGGUCGUACUUCCAGCGCAACUAUGACCUCGCCAAGAGGGGCAAGAUCGACAGCAUUUACUGCUAAUCGAAAUAUGACGCGAUGCGUUUGUGUUAAGGUGUGUGAUCUGGAUUCUGGAGGUGCAAGCAUUUACACGAGAACUGUAUCGUAACUUGUACUCUUGUGGGAGGGGGGGCUGCUGUUGGUGAUCCAGUCCAGUCUCCAGCAGUAUUUUUUUGUCAUGAAUGACAACCAAUGGUUUUGCAACAGCAUGCGUUAGGAGGAGAGGAUCUUGAGACGGUUAGGUUGGACGCCAAACCGCCGGCUUGGUUUGGAAGCUGCCAGCGGCUUUUUUUACCUCCUAACCGGUAUUGGUUCCGGAGGUAACCGUGCCAAGCCUUGCAGGACUUUAGGAAUAGGAAUGCAAACCAUGAUCCUGUACUUGUAGAUUUUGACAAAGUAAGCAAACCGAAACAGUUAUUUAUAUGAGAACUGGCGAUUCCUUUUGACAGGUUCAUCCUGCACGACGGAUCUAUAUAUAUGAACGGCAUUUCGCUACCAUGUGCUCCACAAUCCUGUGUGAACGUGCGUGUGGCUUGACGCCUAGCUUUGCUUGCUCCUCACACGAUUUGUGUGAGAACACGUAACAGCUGUACAGUGUCUUCCGUGUGCAUGACGACGUUGAUCACAUAUGCCAUGGUGUAGCUUAUAUGUUCAGAUCAAUCAGCUACGAUUAUGACGGUUCCGCACGGGUAUACGGGUCUUGCGAGUUGAAUGGGAAAGAUAAAUGUUACGACUUUAUAAUGAGUAAUUUAUCUACGUGUGAAGGGAAGAAUAGUCUUGAAGGCGGUUACGCAAGUCUAUACACACCCGACUAUGUGCUGGUCACUUUCCUUGAUCAUACAUUACCCAAAUGAUCCGCUAUGCUUCUAUGAACAUGAGACCUAUGCAUCCCUCCUUUCAUCGUCCAAGCGCCUGUCAUGACAAAAUUAAAAUAAGUGUUGUAUUGUCCCUUCAGUCACAAAACUUGUAUACGUUUCGUCGUUAAGACCACGCGCAUAUUCGCAAGAUAAGUACUGUCCAAAUCCCAAUCUUGAGUCGAAGUGGCGCUUAAGAGCAACAGUCGAGCAGCCGACUAUGUCCAACACGCCAAUAUCCACCACCACACCACACCACAACAGCCACAUCACAGUCAGACAGACCAUACGCCUUAAAAGUCGGACAAAGAAGAACGUAUCGCACCACCACGCACACCCACGCAACACAGUCGCG